UUCACUUGGAGUAAGUUCUAACUAUCAAUGAAGAAGCCUUUUUUUAAUUAGGAGCCUCAAGUUCAAACAUGUUGUUUUCUUCUAAUGAAUCCGUGCAGUUGGACAGUGUUCAAAUGUAUAAAAAGUAAGUACACCACUCCUUUCUUCCCAUCCCUUGAAACCGCCUCAGUUGCAGGGGUUUUCACAUACUUUGCAAGGCACACCACACUUCCUGAAGAAAUGGAAUGAUGCAUGGUAGAAACAUGAUUACGUGACUCAUUACUGGACAUUUCAAGCUCAGCAGUAGAGAGAUGACAACCAGAGUUCAUUACUCUCAGCAGACAGAGUGUAAACUCACUGUGGAAGCAAGAAUACGGAGCUCAAUCUAAAAGGCUGACGAAAAACUAACCCAUCAUAUUUUUUGCAGUUUUCAUCGUCGUCUGAACCCCUUGGUGAGAUGUUAACGGCAAGCAGCUCCCAACCAUUCAUUAUUCUAUAUAUAAAAACAUCUGAGCUCCUCAACUGGGUCACCGCCUUUAAGAACUCCCAAAUAUUCAUUACUGUACAUUGAAUGCAGGAGUUAAGUUUAACUAAUGAAGAGUGAAAUGCAGCAGCAGGCAAAAUUAUAGAAAGUCUUGACUCUUGAAGGCUUUUUUUUCGAGUGUACUGGAAGAGCUUCAGGCAAUUUAAGAAACUGCACCACUUUCUCUAUGCCUUUGGGUUACCUGAGAGUGACAAGAUGAGGCUGAAUAAAAAGAAAGUGCUUUUAUUUUUUAGCCUUCUUGGAUCUGUGUACCUUCUGCUAUAUACAAGACAAACCCUGGAUGUUCAUUCAGCAGCAAUGGACAGCAAAUCCUAUAUUCAGGGAACUGAGCAGCUUUAUACAAGAACAAGAGAGAACAAGGAAAGUGCUGUCCAUCCCAACGUUUUGCAAAGGCAGAGAAAACACAAACGGAAGGAUUUUUUUCUUCUGGACUCUGUUCAGAUUAUGGAGUCAAACCUUGAUCAAAAGGCCGCCAAAGCCAGGCCGGUCAGAAAGUCAAAAAGCAAAGAUGGUACAAAGUGGUUAGGAGAGGACAAUGAAAUAGUGGGUGCUCCACGAGAUGAUGUGGAGACGGACACCACUCAGAAAUCAGCCAAAAAGAAUAAUGUGACUUCCCCAAAGAAACAAGAGGCGAAGAAGGUGAAAGAAGCAAAGAAACCAGCCAAAACAUACUUGGAAUGUCCUCAGCUUGGCGGGUUGCACCCAAAGAAUUUCCUCAGGUGGCCAGCCUUGAAGAAACCCAUCACGUGGUUCAGUCAGAGGGACAAGAGACUGGUAAAGCUCCUGGCACAGGGCUUUGUUCAGAAGGUUGACCACUUCACCAGAGGGGAAGAGAUGGCCCGUGUUGUUCUGAGCAUUGACAGCUCUCAUCCUCUGGAGGGCAGCAGAGACCACUGUAGAGCAGGAGUUUGCGGUAUUGUGAAGGAGAUGACUGACCUGAGGGAAGUCGCUGCUUUUCACCUGGACAGGAUUCUGGGCCUCGGCAUCAGUCAGCCAGUGGUCACACGACGCCUGCAGUGCCCCCUGCUGCCAGCGAAAUACACUGACGGAUCUGCCAAGCCAGUCGUGUGGUGGGACCCACAAAUCUCUCUACCCCCAGGCACUAGCUUGCACCUGGACACUUACCUUUUCAACGUGGCGCAGUUCCCAAGCAUUUUCAGACAGUGCGGCGUACGGCAAGAUGAAAUAUGUUUCAGAGACAACAGCCCAGAACUCAAGAAGCUGAAAUUGUUGGACUAUUUCUUCCAGGACAUGGAGAUGAUUUUGACCAGCUUUGGCAAGGGCGGGGACAGACGUACAAUUAAUUUUAAUGAUUUAGAUUGGUUACCUCCGAACACCCUGAAGAUAAUUGCCUCACAGUGUCUGCCUGAGAUGCUCUUACGUUCAUUGCAUAAAGACCAAGAAUACUGGCAAAGUCAAGAACCAAGCUCCCUAUUGAAACUGGCGGACAAAGUUCAUAAAAGAGCGCAGGCUUUGUUAAAGUACAUCCAAGAACACCAGGCAAGACUUAAAAAGAGACUGAUCUGAAGUUCAACUAAAAGAUACAUGCCUGAGCCCUUGGUUAAAUAAUAGAUGCAGUAAAGUAGCAAUCUCACUGGUAAAUAGGAUUCAUUUUAUCUUCAUGGGAAAAAUCCAGCAAAUGCCACCAGCAUGAAAAAGUUUCAAUCAAUUCUCAGCAAAUUGAAUAAAGUGUUCCUGGGAGAGAUACUGGUUGACAGGCACAGAGUCAGAGCACGAAGCCUAAAGGUGGCUUUUGUCAUUAUUCUGGAGAGGCAGACAUGGCUGAGAUACUGUUCGACCUAAUCAUUCCCUUGAGUGGAUGAAUAGGAAGAUGCUCUAGUGUGAAGGAGAGAUUGGAAUGAGAAGAUUUUCACCAAUGGAAUAACCUCCUCAUUCACAUGAACCAGGGUAACAUGCAGGUCCUCUGACAUCACUGGGCUGGUUACCAGCUGAAGAAAAAAUACCUUGUAACUCCAAAUCUCUUAUCAAAACGGAAAAUAUUGUUGACUGAUAACAGUUGUUAUCACUUAUUUGUGAGUAAAGAUGAUGUGAAAUCUACCACAAUAAAGAUAUGCUGCUCAAUCUCCUUCCUCACAGAAUUCCAGCUCCCACAAUAUUCAAAUAUAAUUGUUUCUAUUAGUUUAAUGGUAGUUUAAAAUCCCAGUGAGGCAAAUCCCAGGGAAACUACCACAAAAUUAAAGGAGAUAGGAAGCAUAUUUCUGCUGAUGGGUGAGUUCAGAACCAGAGGACACAGUUUAAAAAUAAGGGGUAGGCCAUUUAGAACAGAGUU